AGGCCUGCGCGCCAAAACAGCAAAGGGGACGAGUUGUAAACACAACAGGAGAGAUUUGUACCCAACAUUUCAGUAAAUAUAUUUGGUACAAAGCUACGUUUGGCUUCAUUCAGGCACAAAAUGGAUACACAGUCAUAUCUGUCUGUACAACCGGGGGUGGGGAUGGAGGAGAAUUUCCUGUCUCUCGACGAUAUUUUGCUCUCUCAUGAAAGACUUCCCAUACGGACUGAGUGCACUUUUCCCCGACUGGGAUUCCUCGAGAAGUCGAGUGACACGCAGGACAUACCGGAGGGUACAAAGAUGGAGCUUCCUCUGUGGCUGUCCAAGGGACUGUAUGAAAAGAAGAGGAGAGUGUUGUCAGUUGAGCUUCCGAAGGUGUACAAAGAGGGCUGGAGGACUGUGUUCAACGCUGACCCCAAUGUGGUGGACCUGCAUAAGAUGGGGCCCUACUACUACGGUCUGGGAUCCCAGAUGCUGCACUUUGACAGCCCUGAGAAUCCAGAGAUCGCACAGACGCUGCUGCAGACAUUCAUUGGCCGGUUCAGACGGACCAUGGACUCUUCCCAGAAUGCCUACAACGAGGACACGUCUGCGCUGGUGGAGCGCCUGGACUGUCUGGAGAAGGCUCUGUUCAGGUCAGGGCAGAGCGGCCUCAACGGCUUCCAGAGCUGGGAAAAGGGCCAGGCCUCACAACUCACCGCCUCCAGUCUGGUUCUCAACUACCGCAAGAGGAAGAUCACCGAUAUACAGCCCUGAUCUCGGCCUGCAGUUAAAAGAUACAGACGCAGACACACUUCAGAGCACGGCAGUAACAGACUCUUACUUACUGCCAUUUUCAUUUCCUUAAACAAAUCCACCCUCUACAUCUGAGCCAUGCUCUCUGUGGUGGGACAACCCUGUGUAGAGUGUACAUUUUAUUUAUUCUGUCAUAUUGUAUGAGCUUCAAGUAAUCUUGACAGUAUAUUCAUGAUUACUGUGUUUCAUCACUAGUGUUGAAACUGUUGACUAAUAGAUAAGUUGAUGGACAUUCAGUUAAUAUAUGAAUGGUUGGUUGUUGAAAUUUUGAUUUAUUGAUUAAUUGUUUUAACAUAUAUCAAGUAAAGAUUUCUAACAUUUCCUGGUUACAGCUUUACAACUGUAAAUAAUUGCUUGUUUUUCCUGUUUUAUGUCAUUACAAAUGGGUAACCUUAGGAUGUUUAGGCUGGUCAAAAGGGUUGGUGUUAUGGAUACAACUUUUUGCUAGGCAUACGUAAUUUUAUAUCAUAAAAUAGCAACAUUUGACAUUAAGCAGUCCAGCUCAGGAAUUUCUUAAUUGCCGACUAACAGAACUGGAGAUAUUAAAGGGAUAGCUACAUUGGUAGAAACAGUGGAGCAAAAUCUCCUGUUGACAAAUAUCUACUGUCUCACAAUAUCAGUAAAACAUUUUAGUCCUGAUUUUACAAAUAUUUUAUUAUCUUGUUGCAGACAACCUGCUGUCACAAUGUUUACUGCCUGCGAUCCAUCUGUCGUUAUCUAUGGUCAAUCACUUGUAUGGUCUUUGGUAAGAUGAGCUCCUUUUCAAAAUGUUAACUAGAUAGCAGCUAUCUCUUAAUUUAGUU